AUGAAUCACAUACCAGCAGAAGCUAUUGCCUCGUCCGUCCCGUUCCGAUUUCUUGUUGGCCCAAACCGGCGAGAAUUCACUAUACAUUCUGCUCUCUUGUCACACCAGUCACCCGUACUUGACAAGUUAGUAAAUGGAAGCUUCUCUGAAGCUGCGGAAAAAUGUGUCACGUGGGAUUCCGUGGAUGAGGAUACCUUUAUCAGAUUCUGGCAGUAUGCCUACACGGGAAAAUAUACCCUUGAUCUCUCGAUAGCUGGACUCAAAUCGGAACCCCAAGCCGCUCAGGAAGCUGAGGAACGGACUGCUCAAGAAGCAAUAGAGGCUGCCACGAUCGCCAGAGAGGAGAAAGAAAUCGUACAGCUCGUUGUGAAGAGGGACAAUACGCUACGGGGCCUAUCAAGCAAGGAUGAGAGAAGGCUGGUUGAGCUUCAGGCCAGGGCCGCAAAGAGAGCGGCCCGCGAGGCCGAGAGGCGCGCUGAAAUCGCCGAAGAGGAAGAGGAAAUUGCUGAGCUACUACGGAUGAAAGACAGGAGACCCCCGCUGGCAGUAGAAGACCGUGAACGGCUGAUCCAUCUGUUGGAGAAGCAACUAGCCCGGAAAAUGGAAGAACAAGCGGCGGGCGAAGUUGAAGAAGAGACUCCAUCAGGGGAGCUGUCAAGUCGAGAGGUUCAGUGGAACACAUUCAAACGUCAGGGAGCGUCUGCCUCUUCUGGAGCGUCUUCUUCAACCGGCUUUGUGAAAGGGCCACCGGCCAGACGCAACCAGGCGCAUGAAGAUUAUACAAGCACGUUCCUCUCACAUGCACGACUGUACGUUUUUGCAGAAUGCUACGGUAUUGCUGGAUUAAUGGAGCUUUCACUGAAUGAAUUGCAUGGGGCCUUGGUAGCGUUUACGCUAUAUGAGGAAAGGAUUAACGAUGUGGUGGUGCUGGUGCGUUACUGCUAUGACAACUUGGUUCCGGACGCAUUGAGAGAGAUGAUUACUCUGUAUGCGGUGUGCAAGAUUGAGAAGUUGUGGGUGAGCGAGGAGUUCCAAGUCCUUGUGGAGGCUCAUGGGGAACUAUCGAGGUCUUUGAUUGGACAUAUGGUGAAGGCGUUGUAA